UGUAUCUUAACUCUUUUUUCCUUCAAAAGUUUGAAUAUUAUCUGCUUCAAAGCAGCAUUUUUCUGCCUAUGCAUCAAUGGCAAAUUAAUAGAUUUAAUGAAUCUGUCACGAAUAAGAAAUUAAGAUAAAUAAUAAUAAAGAGAUAAGAAAAACUAAGAGAUAAAGCCUCUCAUCAAAAUUAGUACUGAACGAUGCAUGAAGAGUUGAAAGAGAGGGAGAGAAGGGUUGAGGAAAGGAAGAAAGGGGGAGAGGACAUCAUCCGAUCUGUUUUUAUCUAUGAUUAAGAGAAAUGUAAUAUCGAUUGUACGUUUUUAUUCUUCCAAUUCUAGUCAUCAAAGAUAUUUUUAAUUCCUCCUUGAUCCUCAAAAGAAACAAUGAAAUAUUUUUGCAUAAUUUAUCCUUGAAUCAAAACAAGCUAUGAAUGAUGGUCUAUGUUUUGGUUUGUCGUAAGAUAUCUGUAUGGCAUUUGGCGGUUUCUAGCAGAAACACUCCUUCCGUUUCAGGAGAUUGAUUGCUUACUCCUUUUUAAAACUCCGAUGCAACUAUGUCUUCGAGUGACAAAAGACGUGUUCGAAGGCAGUCAAUGUCUGGGGCACAUUUGCUACAGCUUGAAAAAGAAGCUCAGUUAGAAGGCAGCAAUCUAUCAGUUGCCACCCCUGAAGAAUUUGUUAGACGAUUUGGUGGUAAUCAUAUCAUCAACAGAGUUUUAAUAGCAAAUAAUGGGAUUGCUGCAGUCAAAUGUAUGCGCUCAAUCAGACGAUGGGCUUAUGAAAUGUUUCGAAAUGAAAAAGCUAUUAGGUUUGUUGUAAUGGUGACACCUGAAGAUUUAAAAGCUAAUGCUGAAUAUAUCAAGCUAGCUGAUCAUUAUGUUCCUGUUCCUGGUGGUGCCAAUCAUAAUAAUUAUGCUAAUGUAGAACUUAUCCUGGAUAUUGCAAAGCGUAUGAAUGUUCAGGUUGUUUGGGCUGGCUGGGGACAUGCUUCAGAAAAUCCAAAAUUACCAGAACUUUUAAAUAAGAAUGGAAUUGCAUUUAUGGGUCCUCCUGAAAAAGCUAUGUGGUCUCUAGGAGAUAAAAUUGCAUCAUCGAUAGUUGCUCAGACUGCUGGCAUUCCUACUUUACCUUGGAGUGGUUCAGGCUUGAAAGCUGAAUGGAAUGAAACUCAUGGCAGCAAAAUUAAAAUCCGUUCAGAGCUAUACAAGAAGGGCUGUGUUUCAGACAUUGAUGAUGGACUAAGAAUUGCUCAAGAAAUUGGUUUUCCAGUAAUGAUUAAGGCAUCUGAGGGUGGUGGUGGAAAAGGUAUUAGAAAAGCAACAAGCAUAGAUGAUUUCCCUACACAGUUUCGACAAGUGCAAACUGAAGUUCCUGGAUCUCCCAUUUUUAUCAUGAAAAUGACUACAUGUGCUCGUCAUCUUGAAGUCCAGUUAUUGGCUGAUGCCUAUGGCAAUGCUAUUUCAUUAUUUGGAAGGGACUGUUCAAUUCAAAGAAGACAUCAAAAAAUAAUUGAAGAAGCACCUUGUGUUAUUGCGAAUCCUGAUGUUUUUGAAAAAAUGGAAAAAGCUGCUGUUAGACUUGCAAAAAUGGUAGGAUAUGUUAGUACGGGUACUGUAGAGUAUCUCUAUGAAGAUGAUGGUAACUUCUACUUUUUGGAACUGAAUCCUAGACUUCAGGUUGAGCAUCCAUGUACAGAAAUGGUGGCAGAUGUCAAUCUUCCUGCUUGUCAACUUCAAAUUGCUAUGGGAAUUCCUCUAUAUCGUAUUAAAGAUAUUAGACUUUUGUACAAAGAAAAUCCUUGGGGAGACAGUCUUAUUGAUUUUGAUAAUCCUCAUCAUAAGCCUCGCCCAUGGGGACAUGUUAUUGCUGCUCGAAUUACUAGUGAGAAUCCUGAUGAAGGAUUCAAACCAAGUGCUGGAACUGUUCAAGAAUUAAAUUUUAGGAGUAAUAAAAAUGUGUGGGGUUAUUUUAGUGUAACAGCUUCAGGUGGCUUGCAUGAAUUUGCCGAUUCCCAGUUUGGUCAUUGUUUUUCAUGGGGAGAAAAUAGAGAAGAAGCUAGAGAGAACCUUGUAAUAGCUUUGAAAGAAUUGUCUAUUAGAGGAGAUUUUAGGACUACUGUAGAAUAUCUAAUAACAUUGCUGGAAACUGCUGAUUUUCAAAGAAAUUGUAUCAAUACAACUUGGCUUGAUCACUUGAUAGCGGAGAAAGUUAAAGCUGAGAAACCAGAUACUACUUUAGCUGUUAUUUGUGGCUCAUUACAUGUAGCUGAUCGAACUAUUUUAGAUAAUUUUCAUAACUUCCAGACUUCAUUAGAAAAAGGUCAAAUACUGCCUGCAAACAUUUUAAAUAACACUGUUGACGUUGAACUCAUAUAUGAUGGAGUUAAAUAUCAAAUUCAGGUUACUAAAUCUGGUCCCAAUCGAUACUUUCUAGCUCUAAAUAACUCGUUUAAAGAAAUCGAGGCACAUCGUCUAAGUGAUGGUGGUCUUCUUUUAUCAGUGAAUGGUGCCAGUUACACAACUUAUGUUAAAGAAGAAAUUGAUCAUUACAGGGUAGUAAUAGGAAAUCAAACAUGUAUGUUUGAAAAAGAAAAUGAUCCUACUAUUUUAAGAUCUCCCUCAACUGGUAAGCUAAUUCAAUUCCUAAUUGAAGAUGGUUCACAUGUAUAUCCAGGCCAAGCUUAUGCUGAGAUUGAAGUAAUGAAAAUGGUUAUGACACUGACCGUUAAUGAAAGUGGCUGUAUUCAUUUUGUAAAACGUCCUGGAGCAGUACUUGAAGCUGGAAGUAUUUUGGCUCGAUUGGAGCUUGAUGAUCCUACUCAAAUGAAGCGAGCACAAUUAUUUACUGGAGUUCUUCCGAAUGAUGAUUUUCCAAGCUGGCAUGGUGAUAAACUAAAUCAAAUAUUUCAAGCUUCGAAGCAAGAACUUGAGUACAUUUUGUCAGGCUAUGCUCUUCAAGAUCCUUAUUUUAUUACUAAACUUUCAGAAGCUGUCAAUACAUUUAUGCGUUGUCUUAGGGAUCCUAGUUUACCUUUACUUGAAUUGCAAGAUAUAAUAUCAUCUAUAUCUGGACGAAUUCCACCUAAUGUUGAAAAACAUAUUAAGAAAUUGAUGGCCAUGUACUCCAGCAAUAUUACAUCUGUGCUAGCUCAAUUUCCAAGUCAACAAAUUGCUAGCGUCAUUGAUAGUUAUGCUGCAACUCUUCAAAAAAGAUCUGAUCGUGAUGUGUUCUUUAUGACAACUCAAGGCAUUGUACAGUUAGUUCAAAGAUAUAGAAAUGGAAUCAGAGGGCGAAUGAAAGCAGUUGUACAAGAUUUAUUAAAGCUAUAUUUAUCUGUAGAAACUGAAUUCCAACAUGGUCAUUAUGAUAAAUGUGUUGCUUUACUUAGAGAAAAGCAUAAGGAAGACAUGGCUACUGUUGUCGGUAAAAUAUUUUCCCAUUUGCAAGUAAACAAGAAGAAUCAAUUGAUUAUAAAACUAAUAGAUCAUUUGUGUGGACAUGAACCUGGUUUGACUGAUGAACUUGGAAUGAUUUUAAAUGAUCUUACCACUUUGAAUAAAUCUGAAAAUUCCAAAGUUGCUCUGAGAGCUCGACAGGUUUUGAUUGCAGCUCAUCAGCCUCCAUAUGAAUUGCGCCACAAUCAAAUGGAAUCCAUAUUUUUAUCUGCAAUAGAUAUGUAUGGCCAUGACUUUUGUCCUGAAAACCUUCAAAAACUAAUAAUGUCUGAAACUUCUAUUUUUGAUGUAUUGCAAGAUUUUUUUUAUCAUAGUAACAUUGUUGUGCAAAGAGCUGCUUUAGAAGUUUAUGUUAGGCGAGCCUAUAUCUCAUAUGAAUUGACAUGCUUAAAACAUCAAAGUUUAAUAUCUGGCAUUUGUGCUGUUGUCUUUCAGUUUUUACUUCCUUCAUCUCAUCCUAAUAGAGCGUUUCAUUUCACAUCUUGCAACAUGAAGAGUGAAGACCAAUCAUCUGUUUCUAGUUGGGAUAUAAAAGAAGCUUAUGAAAAUUGUCAUAGAUAUGGACUCUUAGCAGCUUUCUCAAGUUUUGAUGCAUUUAAGAGCAAUUUUGAAAAGAUGAUAGAACUUUUUGAAACUGCUGAUUUUCCAAACAGAACAGAAGAUGCUAACUCAAAUACUUACGAAGAAGAACAUGGGGUAAAUUUGACACCCGAGGAAUCUUCUCAUGCCGAUUAUUUAAAUAUUAUUAAUGUUGCUAUAUUGAUGCAAAGUAUGGAUGAAGAUAAUAAUUAUAGCAAGAUGUUUGCCCAGUUUUGCAAAGAACAUCUACAUCAUUUCAACAGUAAGAAACUGCGUCGCAUCACAUUCAUUGUUUUACACAAGCAAUUGUUUCCAAAGUACUUCACUUACAGAGCCCGAGAUAAUUUUGAAGAAGAUUGUAUCUACAGACAUUUGGAGCCUGCUUUGGCUUUUCAAUUAGAAAUUAAUCGUUUAAGAAACUAUGAUUUAGAAGCCAUUCCAACAGCCAACCAGAAAAUGCAUUUAUAUUUAGGCAAAGCAAAAGUUGCAAAAGGUCAAGAAGUAACAGACUUUAGAUUUUUCAUCCGUUCUAUUAUUAGGCACUCAGAUUUAAUCACAAAGGAAGCCUCGUAUGAGUAUUUGCAAAAUGAAGGAGAGAGAUUACUUUUAGAAGCAAUGGAUGAAUUAGAAGUUGCAUUUACGCAUCCUCAGGCAAAAAGAACAGAUUGUAAUCAUAUAUUUCUGAACUUUGUGCCAAAAGUAACAAUGGAUCUGUCAAAAAUAGCUGAAAAUGUUCGUGCUAUGGUAAUGAGGUAUGGUCCAAGGUUAUGGAAGUUGAGAGUUUUGCAAGCCGAAUUGAAAAUGACUAUAAGGCUUACUCCAACUGCUAAGUGCAUGCCUAUUCGCCUUUAUCUUGCAAAUGAGAGUGGUUAUUAUUUGGAUAUGAAUUUGUAUAAAGAAGUGACUGAUCCUAACACUGGAUUUACCAAAUUUGAAGCCUGGGGUCAUAAGCAAGGAGCACUGCAUGAUUUGCCUAUAUCAACUCCUUAUAUGACUAAAGAUUAUUUACAGUUGAAACGUUUUCAAGCUCAGUCAAAUGGAACAACUUAUGUUUAUGAUUUUCCUGACAUGUUUCAACAGUCAUUAAGUCGUCUGUGGGAAGAAUUCACUAUUGGUAGGCCUGAAAUUGAAAUACCAUCCCAGCUGCUGAAAUUCACAGAAUUAGUGCUAGAUGUGACUGAUAAUUUAGUGGAAAGAAAAAGAUUGCCUGGCGAAAACGAUAUUGGAAUGGUUGCUUGGAAAAUGACUUUUUUCACUCCAGAGUAUCCUCAAGGACGGGAUGCAAUCGUUAUUAGUAAUGAUAUAACUUCCUCAAUUGGAACUUUUGCUACUCAAGAAGAUCUGCUAUUCUGUAAAGCUUCAGAAAGAGCUCGUGAAUUAGGUAUUCCCAGAUUAUACAUAUCAGCAAACAGUGGUGCCCGUAUAGGUUUAGCUGAGGAAAUAAAGCAUAUAUUUGAUAUAGCUUGGAUUGAUAAUGAAAAUCCUGACAAGGGCUAUAAAUAUUUGUACUUGACUCCUGAAAAUUUUAAAAAAGUAAGUGCAAUGAAUUCUGUGCAUGCUGUUUUGAUAGAAGAUGAAGGUGAAUCAAGGUAUAAAAUCACUGAUAUUAUUGGAAGAGAAUCUGCUUUGGGUGUGAAAAAUUUGCAGUAUGCUGGAAUGAUAGCUGGUGAAUCCUCUCAAGCAUAUAAAGAUGUCAUUACUAUUAGCAUGGUCUCUUGUAGAUCCAUAGGUAUUGGGGCAUACAUUGUAAGACUUGGUCAAAGAGUUAUACAGAUUGAAAACUCACACAUCAUUCUGACUGGAGCUGCUGCUUUAAACAAAUUGCUUGGUAGAGAAGUGUAUACUUCAAAUAACCAGUUAGGAGGGAUUCAGAUAAUGCAUAAUAAUGGUGUAUCACAUGUUACUGCUACUGAUGAUCUUGAAGGGAUAUAUACUAUGUUAAAGUGGUUGUCAUAUAUGCCCAAGUGUAAAGGUGCUGAAUUACCUAUUGUUGAAUCUUUGGAUCCAGUCGACAGAGAUGUGAUAUUUACUCCGUCCAAAUUACCAUAUGAUCCAAGAUUUUUACUUGCUGGAAGAGAAAGUCCUAAUUUGCCUGGAUUUUGGGAAGAUGGUUUCUUUGAUUAUGGAACAUUUUCUGAAAUAAUGCAACCUUGGGCACAAACUGUUGUGACUGGUCGAGGCAAAUUAGGUGGCAUUCCAGUGGGCGUUAUAGCUGUUGAGACACGAACUGUUGAAAUUGAUGUACCUGCAGAUCCAGCUAAUCUUGAUUCAGAAGCAAAGGUUAUUUCCCAAGCUGGUCAAGUUUGGUUUCCUGAUUCAGCUUAUAAAACUGCCCAAGCUUUAAAUGACUUCAAUAAAGAAGAAUUGCCUGUUAUUAUCUUUGCUAACUGGAGAGGCUUUUCAGGAGGAAUGAAGGAUAUGUAUGACCAAGUUCUUAAAUUUGGUGCAAUGAUUGUGGAUGCCUUAAGAAACUUCAAUCAGCCUAUUAUUGUAUAUAUCCCACCAAAUGGUGAACUCCGUGGAGGAGCUUGGGUAGUUGUAGAUCCAACUAUAAAUGAAAAACACAUGGAAAUGUAUGCAGAGACUGAGUGCAGAGGUGGGAUCUUGGAACCUGAAGGUGCUGUUGAAAUUCGUUUUCGAAAAAAGGAUCUCUUGAAAUCGAUACACAGAACAGAUCCUCUCAGUAGAGAUUUAUUGCAUCAAUUAACAUCUACUCAAAUAUCUGCUGAACAAAAAUCCAAAUUGGAAGAACAACUUAAACAGAGAGAACUAUACCUUUUGCCUGUAUACCAUCAGGUUGCUUUAGGAUUUACAGAUUUGCAUGACACUCCCCGAUCUAUGUUAGACAAAGGAGUUAUACAAGAUAUAGUUCCUUGGUCAAAAGCUCGAACUAUACUAUAUUGGCGUUUGAGAAGACUGUUAUUGCAGGAUCGUUUAAAAGCUGAGAUUGUAUCUGUUAAACCUGGCAUAAGUGAUGGAGAAGUAGAAUCAAUGUUGCGGAGGUGGUUUGUUGAAGAGCAUGGUACUGUAAAUCAAUACUUGUGGGAUGACAACAAGGCAGUUGUUGACUGGUUAGUUGCUCAAUUGGAUACUUCUAGAGAGCGUUCUCAGAUUUUAGAAAAUUUACAUUGCCUUCGUCGAGAUUCAGUAAUUUCUCAGAUUAGAAGUAUGCUGCAUGAAAACCCUGAAAUAACUAUGGAUUGUGCAGUUCAUAUUAUUCAAAAUAUGACACCACAACAAAGAACUGAUAUCCUUAAUACCAUACGUGCCUUUGAAACUCAUUUAAGUGACUCCGAAAUACCUCAUUCCAAUGCAGAUGCAUGAGUUUUGAGCCUAAUAGGAAAUAAUUUUUAUACUUGCACAUUUGUGUCUUUUUAUUUCAUGUCAGGCAUUGCAUUUAGUUUGCUAACUUUAUAUUAGUGUACCGUUUUGAAUUUGUUUUUGUGAAUGAAUUUUUUCUUCAUCUCUACACUGUUUAAUUUUCCAACAUAAUCAAAAUCAAACAAAUUAUCUGUUGUAUCUAGAAUUCUUUUGCACAAACACAGUGAGCUACAAAAAAUGUGCAGCACUAUGAUGUUUCUUAAUUCUUGUUUCUUAUUUUCAUUUAAAAAGGCAUUUAUAGACAUUCCUUUCUUUUCUGGUUCCUAAGACACAAAAAAAAAAAGGAAUAAGAAAGAUUCUUACGAAGAAAUUAAAACAUAUUUCUACUUCAAAAUUAAUGCAAUUAACAUUUUGCUCAUGAAUGCAUAUUAUCAACUAAAAAUAUUAAUGAUAUCAAAUAAAGAUUUUAAAGAAACUGAAACUAGGUUAUCUGUAGGUAAUGAUUCAGUUCUAUACUUUUUCUAGAAAUUUUUGCGAGAAAUUAAAAUUUAAAUUUUUUUGUAUGUUUUAAAGAUUUAGAUAAUUUACUAAAAGUAAAAUGAUUAUUAAAAGUUUUAUUCAUAACUCAUGACUGGUUGUUGAGUUGGAUGCAGUGUAAUAUGUAUUUGUUAAAAUCACUAUUCUCGUUGAAUAGUUAACUGAAAUUAUAUAUUUUUGUGUAUCCUGCUUUUAGUUAAGAAUUUUUUUAUUUGACAUAUCUUUAAUUUUAAUUUUAUGUAAAAAAAAACACUAAUUUCUAUUUUAAAUUAACUCAUUACAUUUGGGCGUUAAAAACGCAUGCAAAACCUAAUUUCCCAUUAAAAUUUCCAUAUCUUAAAAAUAUCCUGCUUUUAGUGUGACGUAAAGUAACAUGAAGUCCUAAAUCAUGAAAUAAUAUAUUUGUGCGAUUGCAAAUGAUUUGUCAAACUGCUAACUUAACUGGUGGUUUAUUUACAAAAUUUUUGUUUUAUUCCUUUUAGUACUAAAUUUAUUUACACAUAUUAGAUAAGUUUUUAAUCCACAUUCUGGUUAAUUGCAUUGCUUCAGAAAUAAGAGGAAACAUUUUUAAACUUAUUAAAUUUAAUUGCUACUGCAGAUUUAAAUAAUGUUUAGUUGUUUAAUAGAACUGAAUAAGAAGGAAUGUAGAAAAAACUCGAAUUUUUUAUUUAAUAAAAAAUGCCUUUUUAAGGGAGAAAUCUAAACAUUUUGUAGUGUUUCAGACUGUUGUUCUUUUGAUUUAUUUUCUUAGCUCCAUUCUCAUUAUUUAAUAUUUUUAUCUAUGUAUUUUUUUAAAUAUAACAUUGUAGAUUAACAUUUUAUUUGACUAUGUGUGUAUAAAUGUUUACCACAUUCCAGCUUGUGAUAUUUCUAUGAAAAUAAAAUGACUAGUUGUAAAUAUUAAGUUGUGAGAUUUUUAGAAAGGAAUUCAGUUGCCUAGUCCAGUUGCUAACAUGCCAUCAAAUAAAUCUCUUUAUUUUUGUUACAAAAUACUUCAGUAAUGAUAUUCAGUGUCAAUAUGUUUGUGUAUACAAUCUUGUUCUGUGUUAAAAAUUACAACUGUAAAGUAUUUUCUGUAUGUUGGGUGACAUUUUAUAUUUUGUUUCUAUCUGAUUUCUUGUUUUCUGCUUUUAUCAAAAUAAAGCAGCUGAAAUUUUAUUCUUAUUUAUACAUACAUAUCUAUUUGUUAUGUUUGUUUAUGUGAAAUAUGCUCAACUGAAUAAGCUCUUCUUGGUGGACUAUAUUUUGUUUUGUUCGAAUGCAUUUUAUGUUUUUUAUCAAGAUUAUAAAGAAUAAGAUAAAUAUUUUUCUUGCUCACACUUUAAUCAAGUUACAUAUUGCUAAGGAAAAAAUAUCUUAAAUUAUUAAAUUAAGUGGUAGAUAAAAACAUAUUUUUGUUUAUCAAAUUUUAUGUAAUUAUCAACUUUUGUUAUUUAUUUCCUUUAUUUAUUUAUUUUUAUUAAUUAAAUGAGUAUUUUCUGACAUUGAAUGAAAUUGUUUUCAGAUUCUGUUAAAAUCUUAAUCAAAAUAAAUUUUUUUAACUUAAUAAAUACAUAUAUUUAUACUGAAAUAAAUCUGUUAAUUUCUAAA